AUGGAAGCACAAAAAGACAAAUCAAAUUCUAUCAUCGGCAAGUAAAUCUAGAUUAAAAAUAUUAGAAUUGAGGGUUAAGGAACACCUUUAAGGAGACAGAGAGGUCCCACAAUGAAAAUUCAUUUAUCUUCUAAGCAUAAAAAGCGAUUUUCUGCAAUGAGAAGAUAGUCUGAGGGUUCUAAAGAUGACUCUAGUUAUAUGAUUGGUGAGGGUAGAGUAUCAGCUAGGUAUAAUUAGAAUCAUAACAUUAAAUCUAUAAAUGGAGAUUUACCACUAGGAGAAGAGAUAGAGUCACCAAGAAAUAAUUUUCAAAAUUAAACUCUUAUACAAGUGGUAAAUGCUACAAUUAAUCCUAAUUCCAAUGCAAUAAAGAGACUAGAUGAAAGCACAAUCCAAAAGCAAAAUAUGUCCCAGCAGCCAUAAACAUAAUAAAUUCGGGGUGGAUAGGCUAACCUCAAAAUUAAAAGGCCUUUACAAACUAAUUUAUUUUCUGAGAGUACCUCUAAUCAAGUUAAUUAGACAUCUUUUAUUUUCAAGGCAGAUUAAAUGGACUAUUAAAAAGGUGAUGCCAGCACUUUUUCACCAAUGUAAAAAAGAAGAAACCUACAAGUGUCCACUACUCUCUACCCUAGACUUGUUAUGUCUUAGCAACAAAGCCCAAGAAAGUAAAUCUAAAAAUAGGAGAAAAUGAUUUAAUACAAUCAUGGUGUAUUAUCAUAGACAUUAAGUCAAAGCCCCAGAUUAGAAAUAUUAGAAAUAAAUUAAAAUAAAAAUAAUAAAGAUUUCAGAUAUUAUUUAGAAAUAAUCGAAUAAGUUAAAAAGGAAAAUGAACAGUUGAAAGACCUUAAUCGAAAACUUGUGGAUGAAUUGGAAAUCUACAGAUAUAAGGAUUCUCUGAAAGAAGCUGAGAAAUAUUACGCUGAAGAGCACGAAUAAAUGUAAGAGAUGAUCUCAGAUAUGAUAGAUCAACUUAGAUUCUCAACAUAAGAGAAAGAAGAGCUUGAAAAAAAUUUUGAAUUCGUUGUUGAUGAUAGCAUUGAACAAAUUAAAACUCAUAUUGAUAAAUUUAACGAAGAGUAUGCCUUAAGAUUGAAACUUGAAAAGGAAUUAAAUGAUAAAACUGAGAGUUAUAUAAAUAUGGAAGCCAGAUUAGAUUAAUUAACUAAAGAAAAAACUAAAUUAGAUUAGGAUUAUGAGGACCUUAAAAAGCAUUAUUUUGAAGUAUGCAAAAAGGUGUAGAGAUAUUAAAGAAUCUAUCAUGAUGUAGAUAUCAGCUAAAUCCAUGAAAAGAUUACCUUGCUUAAUACUGAGAAUGAUUAUUAUAAGAAUUUGUCUCAAAAGUUGUAAUCUAUGAAUGUAAAUCUGAGAAUGAAAGCUAAAACUCUGUUGAUAAAGCAAAAAGAUAGUGGGUUGGUUUCAUAAAAUUCAAAGUCUAAGAAUGAUGAUUAUGAAUUUGAUAAUGAUUAAUCCCCUACUCUUGUAAAGGAUGUAAUGAGAAAAGAGCAGCAAGCAAUUUAAGAGGAGGAAGACGAAGAUCUUGACAAAGAUGAAAUGUAAAAGCAAGUAGUGAGACCAGAUUUCGAGAGUGAACUUGAAAAAUCGGGAUUCAGUUUAAUGACAAGAUUUUGA